AUGACGGUGAAGAGAGCACGUUUGAAGCCACAUGCCACAGACAUCAAGAGGAACCCCCAGGUACAUGAGCUUUACAAAUUGGUUUAUAGACUUCCGGAGAACCUUAGCUGGCUGUUGGCACCACCAGAAGUUCCUAAAAGACCUACCUCAAAGAAGAAAAAACAAAAGGAUGAAAUAGUGACUGGUAACAGCUUUGGUGUGAUCUUGGAGUGGGAGGGAGUUGUUGUGGACGAUGAUGAUCCAGACUUGGAGCCCCGGGUUUGGUAUGUUCUAUCACUUGAAGAGGGAAAGUCUUUCCCUCCAGAUGCAUUGCUGAAGAAAAUUGAGGGAAUGAGAACUGACCAGGCUAUUUCAGAAGUCUUAUGUUGGUCAGAAGAUCCAGCAGAAAUUCAAAGGUUGGCAGCACACAAGGAGGUAAUAUAUCAAACACUCAGAGGCGGAUGCUACCAGCUGCGACCAGGUGUGCUUGAUUUCUUGAACACCCUUGUGGGUUUUGACAUUCCAAUAGCAAUUGCAACUCCUCACUCAAGGAAGAGCCUUGAACAAGGGAUUAAAACUGUUGGUCUGCAAGGCUACUUUGAUGCUAUAAUUGCAUUGGAGGACUUCUGCCUAGGGAAACCUGAUGGUGGGAUGAGGCUUGCUAAUGGUGAGGUUAUUGGUCGCAGGGGUAGAGAAUCUGACAUGGAUAUGGAGAUUGUGAUCGAGGAAUGA